CAGAUACAUCUGUCACACCAACAACUACAGAUACAUCUGUAACACCAACAACUACAGUUACAUCUGUCAUAACAACAACUACAGAUACAUCUGUCACACCAACAACUACGGAUACAUCUGUCAUACCAACAACUACAGAUACAUCUGUCACACCAACAAAUUUAACUACAGAUGCAUCUGUUACACCAACAACUACAUAUACAACUACUACACACCCACUGCAACUGGAUAUGAACUCAGAAAUCACACAAAGAACUACUGGUCCCGAAGGUGAUGAUAGUAUAACUGUUUAUACGAAAAAAACGUCACCAUCACCAUUACACUCGAUGUCUACUGUACCAGACCCAUCCUCACCACCCGCUGUUUCAUCGCCGUCAACACAUGGAGAAAUAGCAGUGGAAGAAUCUUCAUCACGUGACUAUUUCCUGUUGGAUUCUGUCAGUACAUCUCGUAUCGAUACAAGCCCCAGAAGUACAGUCAAUGGUAACUUGAAUCCUACCAAAUCGUAUCCGUUGGACAAUACUCUGCCUACUGUAUCCGUCUCUGUAAUGAAAACAUCAGCAUAUCCUUUUAAAAACGAAAAUGCUGGAUCGACUACCGGCGUUACAUCAAGUGUUUCGUUUGAAUAUACAUCCACUCACUUGCCUUUGUCUGUGUCUUCGACGUCAGAUGCAACGCCACCAUUUUCAAGUUCUUCCCCUUCAGCGUUCAGAAAUACCAACUGCCAUUAUGCUUCAGUAAUGGUAACGUCAUCAUCGUGUCGACUACGUCCAAAAUGUCCGUGUCGGCACAUGACUAAAAAGGGUUCAGCAAUUUCGACUAAAGAGACUAAAGAAGCAGUGGCCAAGCAGAUAGAGAAGACAAAGAUUGAACUGACCGUUAAUAAAUCCAUGUUAUCUUCUACAAUUAGAAAGAAAACCAGUGCUGUCGACUCUCGACUUUCUGCCUCCCUCGUCGGUUAUGUGGCCGGAUUCAUUUUAGUGGCAAUCGCUAUAAUAAUUAUCAUACAAGACAUCGUAGGUUACAGAAAGUCACCUGACAAGUACACAAAAACGAGGAAAAAGAAAAAGAAGAAGAAAAAGAAAAGUAAAGGAAAAUUGUUUGUAUGAAUUUGUGUCAAAGUGUCUCAACUUGGAAAUUUUACAUGUUUGUAGAUGUCAUGAUAAGGUGUAUGUGGCGUCCUAUAUAAUGCUUGUUAUCAAGCUCUUAAUCUUCAUUUACACUGUAUUUAACAAUUUACCAAAUCAAAUGAUGGGGUAUUACAAUAUUGCAUUAAUUAAAAAUAAACGU